AAGAGGAUGGAUACCCUUCACAUUUUCAGAUAGUUACAGGGAACAGGGGAGAAUCAAACGCAUCCCAUCUUAAUCCAUUUGUCAAGAAGUUAUACAUCAAGAUUUAGCAUGCCUCUGUUUGUGCUGAAAUGCUUGCUGCUUUGUGCACUGACAGUUGGUGCAGUGUACACCUGUAUGCUGCAGAAUUAUACUUUAUGGCUUGAGAAGCAAGAAUGUACCCAGUGCGUGCCUAUCAACACUACCAUCUGCAGUGGCUAUUGUUACACCCAGGACACUAAUUUGAGGGGACGGUUUGGGAGGACUUUCUUGAUCCAGCGUAGCUGUGUUCCUCUUUCCUUAGUGUACCGGGCUGUCCAUAUUCCUGGUUGUCCCAAGGAUGUCAACCCAUUGCUGUAUUAUCCCGCAGCCCACGGCUGCAGCUGUAGGCACUGUGACACACGAACACAUCGUUGUGUCCACCCCAGUCGUUUCGCUUAUGAUCAGUGCUUCAUGACACUUGACAGUGUGGAGAAACGCAACCAAUCUGCUUUUGAAAUCUCACAAUAUGCGAACACAAGCAGCGGAACGGACUCGGCUAUUAACAAAAAUAACUAA